GUUUCGUAGACAAAGUUUACAACGUCAUCACGCACAUAUCUGACCUGUCCUUGAGCGGAAGAUCACUGGCAAAAUGGUUGCAUACUGGAGACAAGCGGGCCUAAGCUACAUUCGCUUCUCUGCGAUCUGCGCGAGUGUCGUGCGCUCGGCGCUUAAGCCACCGUUUAAAGCUGAAGCACUGAAGCUCGCUGAAGCCAACGUCAAAGUCUCUAAACCAAAAUAAGCAUGAUCGAAGGUCAUCUUAAAGACAUCUAAUGGGAGUUCUUCUGGCGUUUGAGGACCAGCCUUACAAAUCUGUGCAUCUAUGAUUGGACAGAGAUGGAAGGACGACAUUUGUCUGUUGAUGGUGAAGAGAUGUGGGAGCUACUUUAAUGGAACUAAAAUGUUGUUCUUCUUUAAUUUGUAACAAAGGAAAUAAAUUACUGUAUUAAAACUAUUUGAAAUGGGA